AUGGUGCCAAAAUCAGUGAUGGAGAUGACCCUGAACAUGAAGCUGGCCGACUCGACGGACAUCUGUGAAGAGAACGAGCACGUAGUGAUGAUGAGCUUCCCAUCAUCGACAAGGAAACCGUAUAAAGCAGUCAAGGAAACGGUGAAAGCCCGAGACCACCGACAGUGCCUUGAACAGUGCGAAGGCAACCCUGAUUGCUCAUCGGCCAUAUUCUCCAAUUCCAUGUGUGAGAUGUCUGCCACACGGGUACGGCAUUCGGUUGCAGACCUUCAAUCUGCAGAAAAUGGAACCUACAUUGAAAAAUCUUGUAUUGAUAAGAUGUUGGUCAAAGGACGGUCAACCCAUCUCAUUGGAGUGGCCAAUCACAUUUUGGCAGGAUUUGUAGAACAAAUCGAAGAUGUCUACGGUAUCGAACAGUGUAUUUCGGCAUGUUAUGCGGCAUUGAAACGGUACGGAUUCCAGUGCAUGUCAGCGAUGUGGUAUCCGAAUGACAAAGAGCAGAACUGCCUUCUGAAUACGGAAACGAAAAAGACUCAACCGGGUGUGUUCAUACCUGAGGACACCGGUACCAUGAUGGUUUACUUUGAACAUCCGGAUGAGCUAUUCAUGCGACGGCUUCACGAUGAGAUGAUGUCUUCCUCGAUGAUCCGGAAAGUUGAUGAACAAUGGACAACCUGGUCAUCGUGCCACGGCAAAAAGGAGAAGACCCGCUAUCAGAAAUGUUACCAAUAUGUUGAUAUACGGAAAUGUCCAAAAGAAACUGCUCCUUGCUCAAGUUCAGCAUACGCCCAACAAGCUGUGAAACACAUAGAAUCUAAUUCAGGAUAG